GAAAAAAAGAAAAAAGAAAAAAGAAAAAAUGAAAAAGAAAGCGAGUGAGGGAAAAAUAAUUUAUAAGUAUUUGGAAUCCGCGGAAUAAAAAAGCGGAAACCCCAAUUCAUUCAUUUCCCUCUCUCUCCCUCUCUCUGUCUAUCUAUCUCACUCUUCCCCCAAUUCGUGUCGCUUUUUGGCGGUUCUGAGGCUUUUCGGUUUCGAACAUUCGCACGAAUUUUUCUGACGUUUGCUUUCUUCUUUCUCAGAGAUCGGAGGGUUUCGAGCUCGCAGAGGAUCGGCCCUGGGAGCUUAAAUGAAAUGGAUCGAGAAGCUCAUUUGCGUAAGAAAUUUGCUAAUGCGAAAUCUCAAAGGGUAAAGACAGAUGAGUCUUUAACUCCUGCUUUAGAAGAUGAAACAGUUGAGCAUUUACUUGCAGAACCUAAAAAUGAGAAUGUUUCAGUAGAUGGUGUCUUGUAUUUUGGCGAGCAGAAUGCAGGAAAAUGCUUGGGAAUUGAAGAUUUUUCAUGUGAAUUCGAGUAUGGGCUUAAUCCAUAUAGAGGCGGGUUGCAUUCUAGUACUGCUCGGGAAGAAGAAGAUGACUUUGCACUUGGAGUUCUUGAUGGAUUGCUGGAUGAAGUCGAUGAAGUGGAGGAUCUUCAUGCAACAGAUGGUCUUGCCAGCCCAUGUGAAGAUUUUCUUCUGGAUAUUGACUUUGCUGGAAAAGUUUCGGUAUUGGCUCCUGGUCUUUGUCAAGGAUCACAUUCAAGAAACCCAAGUUCUGAGAGUCAGUCUCCAGGAUUAAGUGGAAGCAGUAACAGUGCGAUUGGAAUAUCAGAUUCAUCAACAGUGACUGUUCAAGAUUUUGAGUAUAAGAAUGAUUCUCUUAACAAGACAGAAAAGCAUGGCUUACAGGCUGCUGUAAGACGCAAAAAAAGGUGUCGAACUCCACUUCAAGGGACUUGUCUAGAUUCGCAAGAUUUUAAAGAGUUCGAUGAUGAUGAAAAUCCUCUUCUGAGUGACUUAUUAUUAUCCAAUCAAAAGGGAAAGAGCUCUAUUGAAGCUUGUAAAGUUGGUUCUUUUCUGAGAGAGAAAAGAUUGCGUAAACCUACUCAGAGAUACAUUGAAGAAUUUUCAAAUAAGAAGUCAAAAUAUCUAAAAGGAAGAGGAAAGUUUUCUUCUGGUGAUGCUGUUACUGCAAAUGAUAAAGGUCUGAAGAUGAGAUCCCAUGGUGAUCUUCAUAAUGUGAGGCCUAAAACAUUGUCAGCAGUUUCUGAGGAGGAAUUGCUUUCUGGAACUAAAAUUCAGGAAGUGCCUUUGGUUCGGGGAAAGAGAGGACGUCCAAAGAAGCAUGUAUCAGUGCCACAAAUCGAGCCUGAUGAAGAACAUUUUACAUCUGAGUCUGAAGAUGAUUCUGUGACAAAACGACGAUGCAAAAGUCACGAUCGAAGGAAGCAUCAGCGGAUGUGGACCCUUACUGAAGUGAUGAAUUUGGUUGAUGGUAUUUCUGAAUAUGGUGUCGGACGAUGGACUGACAUAAAAAGACUCCUUUUCGCUGCAUCUGCAUAUCGUACACCCAUAGAUCUCAGGGAUAAAUGGAGAAAUCUUUUGAGAGCUAGUUGUGCCCAUAAACUGAAGAAGAAAGAGAUGGAAGAAAGGCAGGGUCAUGCAGUGCGGCCAUUGCCAAAGUCUCUUUUACGACGAGUUCGUGAGUUGGCCAAAAUUCACCCAUAUCCAAGGGAGCGUGGCGUGAAGAGCAUUGGUGAAGAUGACCCAUCCACACUUCCUACUUCCAGUAAAGGUGCUCCGCUGAGUGUCGGCAGAAAGAAUAAUGUACGAAGAAAGAACUGUACUUGAAGCUCCAUUUUCUAUGAGUCGCAAUUGACUACUAGUUCAGGAAUGUAUCUAAAAUUUAGUUGUAAAAAGUCAGUGAUGUUAUUAAUUAUACCUGUUGUUUAACAUCAAGUGCUUGAAUCAGUAGCAGAAAUUAUUAUAGAAUCACUAUGUUUCACCAGUGGGUCCAAUUUUUAACUAUAAUACCUGUGGGGAUGAUUAGCUGAAUGCUUAAACAAAGCAGUUGCUCUGA